UAUCCUUUUGGGUGCCUAAGACCAGGUCGAGUAAAACAUUCUUAUUUUUGAGGUUCAGCUAAUUUGGCUUUUGGAUCUUUGAUCAGUCAUUAAAAUGGGAAACUGGGACCUGUUCGAUUUCUGCCAUGGACGCUGCUGGCCGAAGGUGCAAGCUUCUUACUAAUGGCUCGGCUUCUAUUAUUGGCCAGCAUUGGUUAAGCUUAGGUAACCAGCUUUCACUGCCACAGAUAUGCAGACAAGAGUAGGCAGUGCAGGUGAUCAAAAAUUAAACAAACUUAAAGGCUUAAAAAACUUGUACCAAACACACCCAUUAGAAAGAAAGAUUUCGUGUAAGAAAGUGUAGGAUCUAUAAUUUAUAUUCUUUUUGUUAAAGGUUUUCGAGUGUGGGCCUUUUGCCCAUCUGUGCUGGCUUUCCUUUUGUCCAUUAACAAUUCAAAGAGUACUCCAGCUAGCUGCCAAGCCACCAAUGGAAAUGAUGUGCGUUAAAAUCUUGAAUCCCGUAAGGAGCUCGACUGAUAACAACCCAUAACCAAACCCAACUUUCCUCGUAGUUUAAAACACCCCAUCUACUCUCGAGUUUUAGACUCAGCGCUUUGAUUCAAGGGAAAAAGAGGAGGAGAAAAUGGUGAACCUUGUCGCAGCACAGAAGCCGCUGUUGCAUUGGCUAAUGAAGAUGGCAGGGGUUAGACCUUACUCAGUGGAGAUCGAGCCAGGCACGGUCAUGAACUUUUGGGUUCCUUGUGAAGCAAUCAGGGAACCAAAAAAGGGUGAAAAGAACACCCAUUUGGAGAAACCAACAAAACCAGUGGUUCUCUUGGUGCAUGGUUUUGCUGCAGAAGGCAUUGUCACAUGGCAAUUCCAAGUUGGUGCUUUAACAAAGAAUUACUCCGUUUAUGUACCCGACCUUCUCUUCUUCGGUGGCUCCAUUACUGACAAACCUGAUCGGUCACCAACUUUCCAAGCCGAGUACUUGGUUAAGGGUUUAAGGAAAGUUGGUGUUGAGAAGUGUGUUGUUGUGGGGUUUAGCUAUGGUGGGAUGGUAGCAUUUAAGAUGGCUGAGUUGUACCCUGAUUUGGUUGAGGCCAUGGUGGUGUCUGGCUCGAUUCUCGCAAUGACUGACUCCAUAAGUGUGGAGUCUCUAACCAGGCUAGGGUUCUCCUCUUCUUCAGAAUUAUUGUUACCGAACUCUGUUAAGGAUCUUAAAGCUCUUCUUUCAGUUGCUGCUUACAAGAAGCUUUGGUUCCCUGAUCGGCUUCACAAAGACUACCUUGAGGUCAUGUUUACUAACAGGAAAGAGAGAGCUGAACUCCUGGAGGCCUUGGUCAUUAGCAACAAAGAUGCCACCAUCCCCUCUUUUCCACAGAGAAUACAUCUCUUAUGGGGUGAAGAAGAUCAGAUCUUCAAGCAGGAGCUUGCUCACAAUAUGAAAGAGCAACUAGGAGGGAAUACAACAUUCCAAGGCAUCGAGAAGGCAGGCCACUUGGUUCACCUGGAGCGACCCUGUGUCUAUAAUAGGUGUCUUAACCAAUUUCUGGCUUCCUUGCUAGCGGAAAAUGUUAACAAAUGACUCUUCCAGGUUUAUC